AAGCUAGGAGAGAGACUCGGCCGUGGGCUCGUGCGCGGCGGCCGCUCCCUCGUGCUCUCGCGGUGCUUCGCGGGCGGGCUCCACCCCCCUCCCCCGCCGUUCCCUCACCCCCACCCUCGCUCCGCCUCGCCUCAUCUUUCCCUCAGCGCCGCUUCGCCUGUGGGAAGAAUAUGGUCGCCAGCGAUGGAGCCGGCCAGGCCAGAUUGCCCAUUUCAGCAUAUAAUUGAACAACUGAAUGACAGUACAGAAAAGAAGUUCUACAAUGUUGCUAAACUAGGAGGCACCAAAUAUGAUAUUUUGCCUUAUGCCAUACGGGUCAUGUUCGAAGCUGCUGUCCGUAACCAUGAUGACUUCCGAGUGAAAGAAGAAGAUGCUAUGAACAUCUUAGACUGGAAAAUAAAACAGAACCAUGUUGAAGUGCCCUUCUGUCCUGCCAGAGUCGUCCUCCAAGAUUUUACUGGAAUUCCUGCAAUGGUGGAUUUUGCUGCUAUGAGGGAAGCAGUGAAAAAACUUGGAGGGGAUCCGACAAAAGUGUAUCCUGCCUGUCCAACAGACCUUACUGUGGACCAUUCUUUGCAGAUUGACUUCAGUAAAUGUGCAAUACAGAAUACUCCAAAUCCUGGAGGUGGUGAACUGCAAAGACCACCAGCAAAACUUUCUCCGCUUAAAGCACCUCGGAAACUAUCGUGCAGAGGCCAGUCCAGCUGCAAAGGGCCAUGUGAUAGCGAAUCGAGUCGUAACUCGGGACAGCUGUCAGUGCAGAUUGAGAACACACCUCUACUGUGUCCUUUUCAUCUUCAACCAGUGCCUGAGCCUGAAACAGUGUUAAAAAACCAGGAGGUGGAAUUUGGUAGAAAUAGAGAGAGACUCCAGUUUUUCAAGUGGAGUUCCAAACGUAUCAAGAAUGUCUCAGUAAUUCCACCUGGAACAGGAAUGGCACACCAGGUGAACCUGGAGUACUUGUCAAGGGUGGUCUUUGACGAUCAAGACUUCCUGUAUCCGGACAGUGUCGUCGGCACAGAUUCUCACACAACAAUGGUGAACGGCUUGGGCAUCUUGGGGUGGGGUGUGGGUGGAAUUGAAACGGAAGCCGUCAUGCUCGGAAUGCCGAUCACCCUCACCUUGCCCGAGGUGGUUGGGUGUGAACUGACCGGCUCGGCUAACCCACUUGCCACCUCAAUAGAUAUCGUCCUAAGCAUUACUAAGCAACUAAGGCAAGCAGGAGUGUCUGGGAAAUUUGUGGAGUUCUUUGGGCCUGGAGUUUCCCAGCUCUCAAUAGGUGACCGAACAACAAUAGCAAAUAUGUGUCCGGAAUAUGGUGCUAUCCUGAGCUUUUUCCCUAUAGAUAAUGUGACGCUAAAGCAUUUAAAACAUACAGGCUUUGAUGAGGCUAAGCUUAAGUCCAUGGAAUCAUAUCUUAAAACUGUGAAAUUGUUCAGAAAUUAUCAGCUUUCCACAGAAGAUCCUGAAUAUUCCCAGAUUGUACAUCUAAACCUGAGUUCUAUAGUGCCAUAUGUAAGUGGCCCCAAAAGAGCACAGGACAGAGUGGCCGUUAUGGAUAUGAAGAGCGAUUUCCAGGCAUGCUUAAAUGAGAAGGCUGGCUUUAAAGGCUUCCAGAUUCCAGCUGAAAGGCAAAGUGCUGUGGUUCCUGUUGAGUAUGAAGGAAAUGAAUAUAAGCUGGCACAUGGCUCCAUCGUCAUUGCUGCAGUAAUCAGCUGCACGAACAACUGCAAUCCUUCUGUAAUGCUAGCAGCAGGUUUGUUGGCUAAAAAAGCCAUUGAAGCUGGUCUGACUGUUAAACCUUACAUUAGAACUAGCUUAUCGCCCGGCAGUGGGAUGGUCACACACUAUCUCAGUUCCAGUGGAGUGCUGCCAUACCUCAAUAAACUUGGAUUUGAGGUAAUUGGCUAUGGAUGUUCCACAUGUGUUGGGAAUACCGCUCCUUUGCCAGAAGCCAUUCAGAAUGCAAUUGUGCAGGGCGACUUAGUUGCUUGUGGAGUUUUGUCCGGAAACAAAAACUUUGAAGGCCGUCUCUGCAGCUGCAUCCGUGCCAACUACCUUGCUUCUCCGCCUUUAGUUGUUGCUUAUGCUAUAGCAGGAACUGUGAAUAUUGAUUUCCAGACCGAGCCUCUAGGGGUUGGUCCUGAUGGCAAAACCAUCUUCUUGUAUGACAUCUGGCCCUCUCGGGAAGAACUUCAGCAAGUAGAAGAAGAGUUCAUAAUAUCAUCUAUGUUUAAAGAGCUGAAGGAAAAAAUUGAGAAAGGAAAUAAGCGAUGGAAUUCUCUGGAAGUACCCAACUCAGCUGUAUUUACAUGGGAUUGGAAGUCUACUUACAUCAGAUGCCCUUCAUUUUUUGAUAAGCUUGCCAAAGAACCCCUUCCAGUCCCGUCUAUUGAAAACGCACACGUCUUGCUGUAUUUGGGAGAUUCUGUCACAACGGAUCACAUUUCACCUGCUGGGAGCAUUGCAAGGGGCAGUGCUGCUGCCAGAUACUUGACAAGCAAAGGCCUCACACCUCGCGAAUUCAACUCUUAUGGCGCCCGGCGCGGUAACGAUGCUGUGAUGACAAGAGGCACCUUUGCAAACAUCAAGCUUCUAAAUAAAUUCAUUGGGAAGCCAGCUCCUAAAACAAUUCACUUUCCAACAGGACAGACGCUGGAUGUCUUUGAAGCAGCGGAGCUCUAUCAGAAAGAGAACAUCCCUUUGAUCAUCUUAGCGGGCACGAAGUAUGGACAGGGGAGCUCAAGAGAUUGGGCUGCAAAAGGACCUUUUUUACUGGGUGUGAAAGCAGUUCUUGCUGAAAGCUAUGAGAAGAUCCAUAAAGGACACUUGAUUGGAAUGGGCAUAGCUCCGCUUCAGUUCCUCCCUGGAGAAAAUGCAGGUGUCUUGGGCCUGACUGGCAAAGAACAAUUUUCUAUCUCAUUUCCUCAAAAGUUAUCCCCUGGAAUCACCCUAGACGUAAAGACAAAUACGGGAAAAGUAUUCCGUGUGGUUGCCUUGUUUGACAAUGAUGUGGAAAUAACAUUAUAUAAACAUGGUGGCAUCCUGAACCACGUGAUUCGAAGGCUCUUGUAGGGCCCUGCUGACAUCUGGGGACCAUGCAAAAUGGGCCAAUUCUGAGGAUGGCUUGUGCAGACCGAGGGAACUGCAUACCGCCCCGCUGCGCUCCAAUACGUCUUCGUCCAUGGAUGUAAAAGAUUGUGAAUCGUCGUAGUGACUGCAGCAAGAUCCUUCCUGAUUUUAAAAUAAUACUCGAAUGGUGCUAUUGACAUUGCUGAAAUUUGUGUGUGUUGUGGAAGAGAGCUGUAAGUAUGGGAGAGGGUGGGCGGGGUUGAUUUAGACCAUUGUAAAUAGGUGACGUGAAACCUGAAACUGAAUUGUGCUGGAGAUUUUAAGCAAGAAGACUUCCUGCAAUUAUCCUGGCUUGGUUUUUGCACCUUUUAACUUUUUCUAUUGCUGUUUGUUGGUUUGAGGGCAGCACUUGGUUUGGAAUGUGAAGGAGGGCUUAAUUCCAGCACCAAGUCUGCUCAGCUCAAGAGCUAGUGGCCUGUUGGCCCCAUAGCUGAGAGGGGAGAAGGCAGCCAGACACUGGGUGUGCGUGCAGUCUGUGCCGAAGAGCCCGGGUGCUUCCUCUGAAGACCACCACGCUUAUGCUGAGCCAUCGCACUUCAGGGCGUUGUACUUUGAAGCCAAGAUUGCAGCAUCCAGUGUUGCUUCAUGCCGUUUUCAUGGAGCAGUUUUUCAAAAGUACAAAAUAGCUGAAGGAGAAUCUGACGCGACUUACUUAAAACCCCUUGUGUCUUCCCCUGUUGAAGCAGGUCUGUCGUCUUCAUUAGCUGCCAAAGGCAGUGAAUGUAGCAUCAGCCAGGGGUUCUCCAGCUUGGGUCCCCAAAUGUUGCUGGACUUCCACUCCAUCAUCCCCAGAGGCCACUGGAGCUGCGGAUGGUGGGAGUUGGUCCAGCAACAUCUGGGGUCCCAGGUUGGAGAAUGAACCCCUGGCCGAUGCUCCUCUUUUGCAAACCAUCACUGGAGCUGUGAUCACAGAUGUCGACUUGUUUUCUCCUAACUAGUGUCUGUUUUUUUUCUCCUCCCUCUGCUGUAGUAUCUGGCCCAAAAGUCCUGGAACUGUCACCUGAAAAAGGCUGUAAAUAACCCUUUAUCCUGCUGCGGCAGCUCUUGUGGGCUUGUAAUUCUUUUAACCUGACAGGAGGCCCCUUCGGCAAGAUCCCAGUGUCCAAGCCUGAACUGCUUAUUACAGCAGUGCCAUCUAUGCUGCUGGCAUUUGGGCUGUGUCAGCAUUGUUAGAGGAAACCAUUUCCUUGAUAGAAUUGGGAGAUUCCAUGUCUCAACAGAGAAAGACAAAGGAGGCUGGAUUUUAAAGGAGUCGUGUCAGAUUCUCUCCAGGGUAUUCCGUACCUCUUUUUUAAAAAUUGCUUCAAAACCCACAAUUAAGAAUUAUCCAGCCCAGUAGAUUAUACACAGUAAUUUUGGCCUAGCUCUACGAGUGUUUUUGCUGCCAGAAAAACGUCAUGUGACCUUAGAGUGCUAAAAUGUCUUGUUCUGAACCAUAAUGGCUGUGCUAUGUGCUUUGUCAAACAUGUUUAUUGAUUUUGCCAUCAGCACCCUGACCUGAAAUCACUUUUCCAGCUCAGUGGAGUCUUCUCUUUCUGUUUAGAGUGGUGAGGCAGCACUCCUGGCCUCCAAAAUAGCUGCUCUGAGGCUUACAAUCAGUGUGCCUUAUGGUGUGCACACGUGAUUUCCUGGUCCUGAACUGACAACAUUGUGUGAGUCCUGAAGAGUACACACAUUUAACCCUUGUGACUUGUGGAAGGAAAAGCUCCCACUUCCCUGGCAGCAGAGCUUCUCAAACUCGGGUCCUUGGCUGUUUUUGGACUACAACUCCCAUCAUCUCUGCCACAGUGGUGAGCGGAUGAUAGGAACCUCAGUUUGAGACCCCUUGCCUUACAGUGCGAUACUUUGGGAGCAAGCGCCAGAAAUCUGAAUUCUGAAUUUAAAGCACCAGUCAAAAUGUCUGGGGACCCCAGACACUUUAAGCACCACCCAAAAAGCAGGCAGGUGCCAGCAGUCACGGAAGAUGAUGAAUUUAAAGUAGCACCCAAAAAGAUGGUGACCUGAAAGGUGGUGAAUUCAAAGCGCCACCGAAAGAUGGUGCUUUUAAGACAGUGCUUUUAAAGCACCAGACUGGGAAGAUGGUGCUUUUAAAGCACCACCCAAAGUGGCUGGGGACCCCAGUUUGAGAGCCUUUGACUUACAGUGUGACACUUUGGGAGCAAGCGCCAGAAAUCUGAAUUUAAAGCACCAUGCGAAAAUCUUCCAUUGGUGUUCCUGUGCCGACACCUGAGCUCACGUCCUUUCUUAACCAGGCCAGUGUCAUUCUUAUAAUCAUGGCUUUAAUUUCCUGCACCCUGACAUUCGAGAGUACUGUUGUUCUGUUCUCUGAGAUCUGGACACAGCUCCAUUUCUUGAAUUGAACAGUUAAUGAGCUCCCUGAACUUCAAAGUUGAAAGUUGCCAAGGAUAGGAAAGAUGCCUUGGCAGUUGUUUGAAUGUUGAGUAGGGCAGGGGCUCUCCAGCUUGGGUCCCCAGAGGUUGGCCUUCAGCUCUUGUGGCUGGAGAUUAUGGGAGUUGAGGUCCAUUAGCAUCUGGGGACCCAAAUUGGGGAACCCCUGAAGUAGGGGCUUUCCUUCCACACCUGAAAGAUUGUGCUUAAGUCUCUGCUCUUUACUCAAGUCACUCUCCCUUGAACUUGACUUCAGAGCAAGCAUGCAUAAGACUGGGUUGCAUAUCUUGGAUUUCAGAGAGAUUUAGACACUUUCCUGAAUUGUACUCGUGGGUGUGUAUGGGUUUUUCUCACACAAAGGGAGCAGUGUUCCCGCUAACAGGGAUUCCCAGAUGUUGUUGACUACAAUUCCCAGAAUCCUCAGCCAAAGGCUAUUGCAGCUGGGGAUGCUGGAAGUUGUAGUGAGCAACAUCUGGGAAUCCUUGUUAGAGGGAACAGUUUAAGGGAGGGGAGUGAGUAACUUGCUUCCCCUCACCACCUUCUGACACACACAACUUUGGUCUGUGGGUUUGAGAGAAAAUGGCCUAUUUCUGUGAUGGCCAUCUCUUAGCGAUGGUACAAUACCUUUUGCUCAGAAAGGUUUGGAGUAAAUCCAUCAGUUAAAACACUGAUCUUGAGCCCUUGGAGGGCAGAAUCACAAACUGAAAAUGUAUUUUGUCUUCAGGUUCUCUCUUUCCAAUUUGAUUUAUAAGAGAAUCUGUAUCCUAAUCCUGCUUUUUAAAAACAAAAAACACCACAACCAAAUCUGGGAGAGUCUCACGUUCAUGCGCGUGAGAAAUAACUGCAUAUUAAUCACACUUGCGCAACUGCAAUUGAAUGUCUGCUCUUUAAAGCCAACGAAACAGUAUAAUGGUUUUAAGUUCACUAAUAAGUAUUGUAUAGAAAUCUUAAGAGACAAAGUUCAAUUUGCUGACAACUGUGCAUAAAAUGUUGACUGAUGUAAAUUAUUUUUAAUAAAGAAAGUUGUACCAUG